GGCUGCGGCUGCGGCUGCUGCAAGUUGGGCUGCAGGGGCAGCGCAUACACUACAAUGGCUGCUGGAAAGAGGCGAAAGGAAACAAUUUCCAGGCCCGCCGCGUCCAGCCCGAAAUAUGAGAAAAAAAUUAUUAGAAAUUCGGCGGGCGGUGUAAAGGCGGCGGACGGGCCGGAGGGAGGAUGUUAAAGCCCCGCGAUCAGCCAAAAUGGGAAGUACUGGAUUCUGCUCUCCUCCAAGAAGAGUCAGUGGGACUGGUUAAGAUCAGUAUCUGAGGAUUUUGCCAGCAAUCAUCAGGUGUUCUUGCGCAGACAUUGUGCCCCAAGCAAGGUCUUUGAUCCUUCCAAAAUAAUGACAAGGAGCCAUGAUCCUGACCUAAUUUAAAUUUCACGAGAUUUUACCAUUUCAAGAUGCAGACUUGUUACGAAGAUAAGACAUUUCCAGUCUUGAACUCAGAAAGCCUAUUGGGUGUGAUAAUACUGUCCCCUUUUGCUUUCUUUUACGACCACAUGAAACUUGAGAAGCCAUCUAAAGCUAAAUCAUUUAGUGGAGUUGGGCAGUUCCCAAGUGUCCAACAAGAAGGCCUGGUUUAGGCUGCGAUGGCCACUGUCAUUCCUGGUGAUUUGUCAGAAGUAAGAGAUACCCAGAAAGUCCCUUCAGGGAAACGUAAGCGUGGUGAAACCAAACCAAGAAAAAACUUUCCUUGCCAACUGUGUGACAAGGCCUUUAACAGUGUUGAGAAAUUAAAGGUUCAUUCAUACUCUCACACAGGAGAGAGGCCCUACAAGUGCACGCAACAAGACUGCACCAAGGCCUUUGUUUCUAAGUACAAAUUACUAAGGCAUAUGGCUACUCAUUCUCCUGAGAAAACCCACAAGUGUAAUUAUUGUGAGAAAAUGUUUCACCGAAAAGAUCAUCUAAAGAAUCACCUACAUACACACAACCCCAACAAAGAGGCGUUUAAGUGUGAAGAAUGUGGCAAGAACUAUAAUACCAAGCUUGGGUUUAAACGUCACUUGGCCUUGCACGCUGCAACAAGUGGUGACCUAACCUGUAAGGUAUGUUUGCAGACUUUUGAAAGCACAGGGGUGCUUUUGGAGCACCUCAAAACUCACGCAGGCAAGUCUUCUGGUGGGGUAAAAGAAAAAAAGCACCAGUGUGAACACUGUGAUCGACGUUUCUAUACCCGCAAAGACGUCCGUAGACAUAUGGUCGUGCACACUGGAAGAAAGGACUUCCUUUGUCAGUACUGUGCACAAAGAUUUGGACGGAAAGAUCAUUUAACUCGUCAUAUGAAAAAGAGUCAUAAUCAAGAACUUUUGAAGGUCAAAACAGAACCAAUGGACCUUCUAGAUCCCUUUACCUGCAACGUUUCUGUGCCUAUAAAAGACGAGCUGCUUCCAGUGAUGUCUUUACCUUCCAGUGAACUAACGUCAAAGCCAUUUACAAACACUUUGCAGUUAAACCUUUAUAAUACACAAAUUCAAUCCAUGCAGAGUUCUGGACCAGCACACCAAAUGGUCACCACAUCAUUACCUUUGGGAAUGACAUGCCCAAUUGAUAUGGAAUCAGUUCACCCUUCCCACCAUCUGUCUUUGAAAUAUCCACUCAGUUCUACCUCAUAUGCAAUUUCUAUGCCUGAAAAAGAACAGCCAUUAAAAGGGGAAAUUGAGAGUUACUUAAUGGAGUUACAAAGUGGUAUGCCUUCCUCAUCCCAGGAUUCUCAAGCAUCUUCAUCUAAACUAGGCUUGGAGCCUCAAGUAGGACCCCUAGAUGAUGGAUCUGGGGAACUGUCCUUAUCCAAAAGUUCCAUUUCCAUUAGUGAACCUCUAAACCCAUCAUCUUUGGAUUUUUCCCAGUUGUUCAAUUUCAUACCUGUAAAUGGCCCACCCUAUAACCCUUCUGUUUCGGUGGGGAAUCUUGGACUGAGCUAUUCCCAAGAGGAGACACAUUCUUCUUUGGCUCAGCUUCCACCACAGACCCAGGAUCCUCAAGAUCCUGCAAACAGUAUAGGCCUUGGUUCUCUGCACUCCCUGUCAGCAGCCUUCACAAGCAGUCUAAGCACAACCACCACCCUACCACGCUUUCACCAAGCUUUCCAAUAGGACACAGAAAGCUGUCUUACUAAAAAAAUUAUUUGUAGAAAUGCCUUAGGUGACCAUUUUUAAUGUAGUGCCUACAUUAAGACAUUAUAAAAUCUCUGCUUACUUUGUAUAAUACCAAUUUCAUUAAGCCAGUAAGAAAUUGAAACUAACUUUUUUAAUGAGCUCUGAAACCAUUUGUGUUCAAUUAUGUUUACCUUGGUUAAGUCUCAAAGUGUUUUGUCGUCUUUUCACUGCCAAUUGAUGUGCUUUACAAAAUAAUUAAUAUAGGAAAGCCAUUACUGUUAAACUUCAGUAUAUCCCCUGUUGAAAAUUUUCAGACAUUAAUCCUUUCAUUUUUAUACAAUAAUAAUGGCUCUACCCAUUAAUGUUUGGCUCAGUAAAAAAGACUUGCAACUAAAUGUUAAUUUACAAAAUUUUGAGAGAUACCUUGGAGACUUCCUAAAUUGUUAAGUAGUUUUGAUUUGAUGCAUAAUUUAAAUGCUUCUUAUGAAUUAAGAAUCCAAAUUUUUGUGGCAAAAAAAUGUUUUUAUUUGCUAUCACAAUUUCAGGUCAGUAUGUUUUGAAGACUUGCUAUUGUCUGGCUAAAAUAUUUGUGGUCUUUAUUUAAAAACAUUAAUAAUAUUUUAAAACAGCCACUUAAACACAAAGCAACAGUAUUCUCAAGAAAUAAUGCUCUUCUAGUCAAUAAAUAUUUUCAUUCUGACAUGAAAUAAUACUGUUUCAUGGCACUGGUAGGAAGAAUGUAAUGAUUGACCUUAAAAAAAAGUAUUCAGUAACAAAUUAGUACCACGAAUUAUUCUGUCAUUUUUCAACUUUCAGCUUAAUUCUAAACUUGCUCUCUCUCAUCUUAGUGAUAUUAAAAUUAAGGUAUAUUGGAGUCUUCAGAGUCUAUUCAAAUCCGUAGACCUCAUCAAUCUUUUCCACCUUUCACAGCCAAAGUGUGGGUCAGGUCCAGCCAGAAACUUUACAUUGAUUGUCAAUUAGCCAACAAUCAGAGAGCCAGUGUAGAUUUUCAAAUGUCAGGUAUGUUUGUAGUAGAGUGGAUCUUCUCAGCUUGUAUGGUUUGAUUCUCCUGAGCAAGAAGAUAUUAAUCACACCUGCUUAACCCUGGGAACUUGGUUAGGGACAAUUUCCCCUGUUGCCAAGGUUUAAAACAGGACUCUUAGGAGUAAAGUAAAAGCAUAUUGCUUACACCACUUUUUACUUAAUAUGCUCUAAUUCUUCCCCAGUCUUAAGAGCCCAAAGCAAAAAACAACAACAAAUCUCAAACCUCCCACCCCCUCCCCAAUCCCACGAUAAAAGCGUAUUUUCUACGUAGUGCUCAUUUUUUUCUUGCCCUUUUCUUAGUAAGGAAUUUGAAGUUAAGGUCAUGGCAAGUACUUUGAGGCAUUAUACAAAGUUUUAAAUGGCUAAACAUAUAUACAGUAAAACCCCACUUUUACACUUCUCCAGAAAAUGAGGUGGGGGAGAAUACUACAAAUAGGCAGAAAGUGACAAGACAAAUUAAAGUUGAACAAACCGAAUCCUAGUUAAUAUAGUAUCAGUAACCAUGGAAUAUUUUGCAAUUACCAAGUCAAGUGCCUUGCCACCUUAUAAGUGCUUAAUAACUAUAUUAGUUGAAUUAGAUGGUCUUUACUCGUUCGGAGUAAAUACCUUCUCAAAGGAUAAAAUGGUAAAGCUCUUUCCUCACUGUCAGCUGGAAAUCACCCAGGAGACUAUUUCUAUAGGUAGCCUUAUAAGUUUUAUGGGAUUGUGAGAGGAACUGUAGAUCUCUUUUAAAAAAAAAAAAAAGAAAGAAAAAAAUCGUGCCAAGCACUCAGCAGAAUAGCACAUGCUAGAACCUCAAUUUUACAGGAGUAGUUUUACUCAAAUGAUGGGGAUAUUUCCCCAAGAAUUUCUGAGAAAUUUGUGCAAAUUACUGAAUCUAAUGCAGUAGUAACAUAGAAUAUUUAAAAAGUUGGGGCAGGGAGAAGAGAGGUGUAAAUUGUGAGGAAAUGUAAAUUGUAAUAAUGUAAAUAGGGGGUUUCACUGUAUAUAUAGACUUCACAAAAACAAAAUUGUUCCCAUUUAAGGAGCUAUGGCUCCUAAUAUUUUAUCCUGCUCCUGUUUUUGUUUAUCCUGGGAGCAAUAUACAGGUGUAGUUUUUUUAUACUUAUAUUUAAAUUUUAUUACUAAAAAUAACUUUUUUAUUAAAAAAAAAUUUCUUCCAAAGGCAUUAAAAUGAGAUGUGUUAAUAAGGAAAAACCUGUUUUGACAUUCUCAAACUGUCGCUAAGCAUUUGGUUUAGGUGACUGUUUGCUCUGAAAGUGGACGCUUAGCUCUGCUUCCCGACUGCUUCCUUUAGUUUCUAUGAAACAGAUUGCUAAUCUUAAACUGUAGUUGAAUGAUUCGUGCUCAAUAUUGCUUUUCUCACCAUGUUAAGAAGAAAAAAAAGUGGUGAUAGAGCACAAAUAAAUAGAAAAUAUAUAUUUUUAAAUAGCAACUAUAAAUUAAAUAGCAAAUGUGGAAUCACUGCUUUAUUCUAGCAUUUGUUUUUAAACAGUAGGAGUGGAUUAAUGAAUUGAGACAUUGGCCUUUGUGGGCUGUAUUUUUUUUUCCCUAAUGUAAAGGGAGUACCAGGAUUAAUUGACUAUAGACUUCUUUGGAGGUGGGGUAUGGCAGUAUGUUGAUAUUAACCCUAAUUCUCCCCAUAUUUUGAAGACCUGUAAUUCAAAUACAUGGAAGAACAUCUAUUAGGGCACCAGUAUUAAGCUAGCAUACUCUUAAUAUUCAGGUACUCACCAGUUUUGCCUAUUGCAAUCCCAUAGGCUUGGAAAUUAUACUUCAAAAUAGGAGAGAAUCUAGCCUAAUUAAUUUAAAAUUGGCUAUAAUAGUCGUUAACCGGUUUUGGAAGAGCAACUAUGAAAAUGCAUGUUAGUUUAUUUGAACUGCACAGCAUUCUGACCAGGAUAUGACACAGGAUUGGCUCUUACGUUCUGUCAGAAGAUACUGUCAUCUGUUGAUGUUUGUUGCAGUUAGACUUGAUUAACAGUAACAUUGCCAAUGCUGUUUUCAUCUUCCAUUAAUCAGAAUCAUUAUUAUUAAUAUUUCUAGUAGUGCCUUAGCUUGGUUUUUAAAAAGGGGUAGAGGUGGUGAUGGAAAUUAAUAAAAAUAUUUCGCUUGGAAGUUUGGACCCUCAGACAAUAUAUUGAACCUCAUUCAGUUAGAACUUCCAUUUGUGACUGCACUUUUUGUCACUGAACACGGAAGUAUUGCCUGUAUGGAAGCAGAUUGAUACUGUAAGCAAUAUUAGUAUAUUAUGAGUAUUAUAUUUUUUAUCUAUUGGCCACUAUUAAAAUUUCCAUUUUGAAGCCCUAAUACCAAGUUCAGAUUUUAAAAUCGUAAUAUUUUCUAUGUCCUGGCUGAUCGUGCACCACUCUUUGUGCAACUCUUUAAUUUCAAGUAGUGUUUCUUUCAAAACUAUAUAUUUUUGUCUACUUGUUGCUUGUGCUUUAUUAUUAGUAAAAUUGUGGAAUAUAGUGAUAUAUUGUGUUAAUUUGGACAGUAGCGGUUUUUAAAAACCAUAUACUGACUGAAACAUGAGCCAGAGCUGAGUGCUUUAUUUUAAGCUAAUAAUGAAUGUUAAAGAGUACAUAUUUUCAGGAUCAUUUGUCUAGUGAAGCAAUACUUGUAUUAUAGGCCAAUAUUUUAAAAAAUAAAGCUUGGUCAACCUCUAUGUUACACAUAUUACAAGAUAUAGCACUUUCAAAAAGAAAACCUAAACCUUUUAAGAAAUUGUCUUAUAGGUUAUGCUUUUUUAUUAUAAAAUCUUUUAUUAUUUGUUUCAAGUGCCAUUAGAUUACAUAUAUGUAGGCCUUUCAUAUAUUGCUUUGUGUACAAAAAUGGUAGACUUAAUUUUAAACAGGUACAUUUUACAGUGUUUUCUUAUCAAUUUGCUAUAUUGCACAGAAUCCAGUGUGUUUUUUCAUGAGGUUUUACAAUUUUUAAAACUAGAUUUACAUGUUUCAAAACACACUGUCUUCCCCGGGUACAUUAAAACAUAUAUACACCCAUGCCCCAAGCCAUUAAAGUUUUUUUUCUAGCCUACUGAAAACCAUAUGAUGUAGUGACUUUGGAGGAGAUCUUUUAAACAAUUAUAUUAAAUAUUCAUAAUUAGCUAUGAUAGAUUAUUAUGAAUCUAUGAUAAGUAGAUGCCUAUAUUAACUUUGUUUUUUUCUCAUACUCUGUUUCAGCAGCCAUCUCUCUACACAUUCUACUCCACAGAGAAUCUGUUGAUUUUUAUUUACCUAUAUAGACUUACAUAACAUUAUGUAGGUUUAUCCUGAAGAUCCUCAACCCAUAUACAGCAAGACAGAAUAAAACCAACAUAGUUAAAGAUGUAUUUAAAUGAUUCUUAAGGCCCUUAUACAAUAAGGUUGUCAAUGCUCUAUGGUUGGAAGGCAGUGUCUUUUGAUAACAGUUAUCUAGCCCUAGAAAUGACACAGAACUAUUGCUAAUCAUAUAUAAACACUUUGCAGUAUAAGCUUCAGUGGUACAGUUGAACCAGAAUGAAUGUUUAUCUUCUCAGAAACACUCCUGCAAUAUUGUUCUAUUGGAUCAUGCUGCUAAUGUAACUUGGGAAACAACUCCUCAUGGUGCUACAAACCUUCCUGUCUCAUUCAGAUGUAUUUUUACCCAUAGAAAAAGGACUAUAUUAGACCUAUAGGUGUAUGAUAUAUUUUUAUACUGUGACUUAAUUUGUCAUUAACGAACUUUUACAACACCACAAUGUAUUCAUAUGCACUUGCAAAAGGAAAAUCUUGGACAUGCAGACCUUACCAGAACAAGCCCAACUUUUGUUCAUAAAAUGACUGUUAGUUAAAAUGAAUA